AUGGCAGAAACUGGCCAGAGCAUGAAGCAGAUUCUGGACUGGAGCCUCAUCCUGUGUCUCAUCCAGACAACCUUAGGUGCUUUGCAUACCAAGGAACCUCUCCUGAUCACCAAACACGGAAUCCUACAAGGAAAGCAAGUGUAUGUGGGAGACACGCCCGUCCAAGUCUUCCUGGGAGUCCCCUUCUCUAAACCUCCGGUGGGCACCCGCCGGUUUGCUCCUCCAGAGCCCCCGCUACCCUGGGACGGUAUCAGAGAUGCCACCACCUACCCACCUUCGUGCCUGCAGGAGUCCUGGGGUCAGAUAAUGUCCAUGUACAUAAACACGCGGAAACAGUACGAGUGGCUGCAUUUCAGUGAGGACUGCCUCUACCUGAAUGUGUACGCCCCGGUGCUCGCUCCUGGGGACCCUCUGCUGCCAGUGAUGGUUUGGUUCCCUGGAGGUGCCUUCCUCGCCGGUUCGGCUUCCAGCUACGAAGGCUCAGAGUUGGCUGCCCGUGGGAAAGUGGUGCUGGUGUUUCUGCAGUAUAGGCUGGGCAUCCUGGGCUUCCUCAGCACGGGCAACAGCCAUGCCCGCGGGAACUGGGGGCUGCUGGACCAGAUAGCAGCUCUACGGUGGGUCCAGGAGAACAUUGAAGCCUUUGGUGGAGACCCGGACAGUGUCACACUAUUUGGCCAGUCGGCCGGAGCUAUGAGCGUCUCAGGACUGGUGAUGUCACCCCUAGCCCAGGGUCUGUUCCAUCAAGCCAUUUCCCAGAGUGGCACGGCGGUACUGAAGCUCUUCAUCACUCAGGACCCACUGAAGUCAGCCAAGAAGGUUGCUCACCUGGCUGGCUGCGACCACAAUAGCACAAAGAUCAUGAUCGAGUGCCUGAGGGCUCUACCAGCAGAGGAGGUGAUGCGUGUUUCCAAGAAGAUGACAUUCUUUCAUGUUAACUUACAAAAAGAUCCAAAAGAGAUCGUGUGGUUCCUGAGCCCGGUGGUGGAUGGCGUGGUGUUCCCAGAAGACCCUGUGGUGCUCCUGACCCACGGGCAGGUUAAACCUGUGCCCUACCUUCUAGGUGUCAACAGCGCCGAGUUCGAGUGGAACUUGCCUUUUCUCAUGAAGCUCCGGAUAAGUCAACGUGUAAUGAACGAAACCUACGUCAGAAAACUGCUCUGGAAUUUCAGCAUCCUGCUGAAUAUCACUAAGGAGCAGGUCCCACUGGUGGCAAGCGAGUACUUGAAUGACGCUGUCAGUAACCAUGACUGGAAGAUGUUCCAAAGCCACCUGAUAGACCUAGUCGGAGAUGCCACCUUUGUCUAUGCCACACUCCAGGCCGCACAGUACCACCGAGAUGCUGGCUUCCCCGUCUAUCUGUACGAGUUCAAGCACCACGCUCCUUCAGGCAUCAUUGUCAAACCCCGUGAUUACGGAGCGGACCACGGAGACGAGCUUUCCUAUCUCUUCGGAAGCCCUUUCUCCAAAGGCUCAUCCACAGGUGAGGAGAAGGAAUUCAGCCUCCAGAUGAUGAAAUACUGGGCCAACUUUGCCCACACUGGGAACCCCAAUGACGAAAAGCUGCCCUACUGGCCACGCUUUGACAAGGAUGAAAAAUACCUGCAGUUGGACUUCGAUACGAGAGUGGGUGUGAAGCUCAAGGAGGAAAAGAUGGCUUUCUGGAGACGGCUGCGCCAGCCUCAGAAACCUUAGAAGCACCAGUUGUACUGGGAGUGACCAAGCAAGAGGGAGCUAUCCUACCAUUCUGCCCCAAGGACACUGGCCCUGGAUACAUCUGAAGGCAAGAGUCCUCUCCACUCAAUCUAGGACCUGUAGAUACUCCCGACUACUUUCAGGCUUUCAGGCUAUAGCUGGAGCACUAGUCCAUCGUUUGGGGCUCAGUACCACCAAUCUAGCCUGAUGUCCCAUAAAACCUUAUAUCUCACUGUCUAAAGCAGGCCAGGGCCUUUCAUUACUCUGUGCUUUACCGGCCCCCACCUUAGUCCCGCCCCCACCUUAGUCCCGCCCCCGCCUUAACCCCGCCCUACCUUAGCCCCACCCCCACUUCAAAACAAAUUCUUUUCUCCGUUUUAUAAGACCGCUUAUCCUCCUGAUGUAUUCCAGGCAGC